UUCUAAUAUGGGUUUUACUUCCGCAAUAUGGGAGAGAAUAAAUAAGGAGGUUUGUGCUGACAUUGACGCCGUCAUUCCUAUUUCAAUCAUUUGCAGAUGAGUGACAGGAUGACAAUGACCUCACGCUACAGGAACUGCCCCGUUUAUCUCAUCUGCCACUGACAGUGUCUCAUAGGCGCUUAUACAGACGUUCAUUUCCCGGCAUGCUGCACACGAGCCAGGUUAUCACUAGCAGGAGGGAUCAGUGCAGGUAGACUUCAUGUUACCCCUCCCUGGGCGGCUCGGUGCAGUUUCCGGCUCCGCCCCGGACACACGGGGAGUCCCGAGCAAGCGGGUUAGGUAUGAGGGAAACUCGGAGCCUUUCGUACACAGUGACAACAACAUGAAGAAUCCGGGACACAGCGACCCCGAGGGUGACCAUGUUCAGCUGAAAGUGCCGCUUAUCCAGCAGUCCUAUCACUGGGAUUGUGGCCUGGCAUGUGCCCGCAUGGUGCUGCAGUAUCAGAACCUUCUGCACGAGAAUGAGUUUCAGAAUGCUAUGCACAAGCUCCAACUCACCAAGAGCAUCUGGACAAUUGAUCUAGCCUAUCUUAUGCACCAUUUUGGAGUCCAGCACCUGUUCUGCACUCAGACUUUAGGAGUUGAUAAAGGUUAUAAGAACCAGUCAUUCUACAGAAAACACUUUGAUGCAGAGGAAAACCGAGUAAAUCAGCUGUUUGCCCAAGCCAAAUCCAGUGGAGUGAAUGUGGAAAAACGCACUGUGACGAUACAGGAAUUACAGGAGCAUCUUUCCCAGGGAAAUGUGGCCAUCGUACUAGUAAAUGCAGUGCUUUUACUGUGUGACUUGUGCCCCAGACGUGUCAAAUACUGCUGUUUUCUUCCAAUUGGUCAAAAGUGUUUCUGCAGGAGCAGCGACUACCAGGGCCAUUUUAUUGUGCUUUGUGGUUACAACAAGAGUUCUGGCAGUUUACUUUACAACAAUCCAGGAUAUGCCGACCGAUUAUGUCAGACCAGCAUCACUAACUUUGAGGAAUCACGCAGCAGUUAUGGCACAGAUGAAGAUAUUCUGUUUGUUUAUGUGAACAGCUGACCCUUGAACUCUGCUUCAACUUUUCUCAGGAUCAAGUACGGCACUCAGCAGGAACCUCAUUACAGUCAACGCGAUAUAAACAUAUUUAUAUGAAUUCAGCUUAGAAGUAAAAAUUAAAGCUCACUCUCAUGGUGGACUAGUAUUAGUCGUCCAUGAAAAACUGGACCAUCAUGAAUUUAUCCCAUGUCUUUUGGGAAGGAUUGAAACCAAAAAUACAGCUACUAAUGGUAAUGGUCAUUCCUAAUGGGCUGUUUGUGUGCAGUUCACCUAUUACAAAGCUUUGAGGUGGCAGUUUUAGGAGGGAAGGAAUUUAUAAAGGGAAUAGAUCAUACAACAUUGCUUGCAGCCAACUUUGCUAUAAUCUUCCUAGAACUGAGUGGAGUUCAGUGGAAAGGAUGAGUUAAUUGUCCUUUCUUACAAACUAACCACAUUUGCUCUGUGUCUAGCCUUGUAGAUACAGUGCUGCUAUAGGGUCACUACCACACUCUGCCAAUGACCCUGGUGAGGAAAUGAGUAUGUGGGUACGGUUUUGAUUUUUAAACUUAGAGGCCAGGGAAAGGUGUGGUCCAUUUGGGUACUAAUAACAUUAUCAAUCUUAAUUUAUAGGGCUGAUCCAUUUAUGUCUGGUGUACUCAGUGCUAUAGGGUGUGCAAACACUUUUCUAAUGCAAGAGAACGCAAAAUAUCAAUGUAAAGUUUAUAAUAAAGAUGUUUUUAUACAUA